AUGCACAAACCAUGCGAAGGACAUUGGGUAGCUGUUAAAAGCAUUUUGCGUUACCUGGCGAGAACAAUACACUAUGGCUUAGUCUUCCAUGCAAAUAGUUCUGCUUCCAAACUUGUUGCUUUCGCUAAUGCUGAUUGGGGAAACAAUCUUGACGAUCGAAGGUCAAUCUCUCGGCCGUGUGUGUUCCUUGGCAGCAAUUUGAUAUCGUGGAGCUCAAGAAAGCAGAAAACUAUGGCACGAUCCACCACUGAAACCGAGUAUAAGAGUAUUGCAGACACUGUUUCUGAAGUUGUAUGGCUUCGAACGUUGCUGCGUAACAUGCAUGUGAAACAAGUGGAAACUACGGUCAUACGGAGUGAUAAUACGAGCGCAGUGGCAAUAAGCUCAAAUCCAGUCUUUCAUGUAAAAUCCAAAUAUGUGGAGCUGAUGUGCUUUGUACGCAAGAAAUUAACGAAAAAAGAACUUAGUGUGAGUUAUGUUCCUGAACCUCAUCACCUUGCCGAUAGCUUGACAAAGCCCUUGUCCAAAUCUUCCUUUGCUUCAUUUCGAGAAAAGAUUCGAGUUACCAAUGGAGAAGCCCUUGAGGAUAUUAGAGAAUGUUAG